AACUCUGUGAAAGAAAGCUCAUAUCUAGAGAGCUGAGGUCACACAGCAUGUGCCCCAGACUAGAGGAGUUGUAAGAGCUAACAAUGGGUGUCCAUUCCAGCAGGCCGACCUUCUGAAAAAUGUCCUUCAGCUUUCAUACCUCUGGAUUACAUUUUAAUCCCCUUUUACGUGGAAAAUGUCUCUUCUGACCUACCGUAGGCCAGGUAUGCGUAAGUCUUUUGACUUCCGAACAGUAAUCAUGAUCAUCAUUGGUGGCGGGAUCCUGGCAGCCAUGUUUCUACUGAUAGGAGUUGUGCUCUGUCUUUACUCCAAAAUAUACAAGGCUCUGAAUUCACAUGGAACCGCAAAUGAGGCAGAUGAUGAAUGCUAUGUUGAUCCAUGCAAGGACUCCCAAGAGAGGAUCACCCAAGACAACAACGCCGCUGCUGAGGCUGGUCAACCCUUCCAGGCCAACACAAUUGCUGUUGAGAGUUGCGGUCCUCUCCAGUGUUGUAGUUCAUGUGGUGCAGAUGUUGGCUCCCUGCCACCCUGCCUUUGUAGCAUAAGGGAAGGACUCUGACAUGGCACUGGUGGAUACAAGGAAAUCUUCAUGAUCAGUAUUUCGAUUUCUUAUUAGAAUAUUUUCUUACUCAAGCCAAUUUCUAUAGUGUUUAUGUUGUGUACUAUCUAAUAUGAUGUUUAUGUACAUUUGUAUAAAUAUACAAUAAUGAAAACAA